UGGUCCCCUGCUCAGAUGGCCCCAGUCUCCCGUGGCUGCAGGGGGGGCCGGGGGCGGGGGAGGCGAUCGCCAGGCAGCGGGAAGCCCCGGGGACCAGCCCUGGCCCCGCCCCCUGGCCCUCCCCAGCCCUGUGGGCAGACACAGCUGUGGCCAACGCUCGCCCCUGAGGCAGCUGGAGCCGAGGACCCUCCCGCCCUACUGCUCCCUGGCGAACAAGCCUCAGCUGGCAGGAGGGAAGGGCCCCUGGCCAGGCAGUGGACCCUGGAGGACGAAGAGGAACAGGAGAGGGAACGGCGGCGGCGACACCGGAGCCUGAGCUCCACCACGGACGACCAGGUGGCCCAGCCGGCCCAGGACGGAGACGCGGCGGCCCCAGAGAGACUGCCGAGCGUGGAGGAAACGGAGGUCUCCCCCCAACCACCCCUAGACUCCAGUGGUGAGGACGUGUGGGCCGUCCUCAGGGCACGGCAGGAGCGGAGGCAGAGGCAGCGGGAGGCGGAGGUCGCACAGGCCCCCGUCCGGGAGCAGCUGGACACAGAGGAGGAGGAUGGCGCGGGCACUGGGCAGGCGGGGCAGCUGCCCCCAGCGCCCGAGAAGGAGCUGGGGCUGCUGCUUCGCCGGAGACUGAGCCGGGAGCGGCAGAGCUCCUGGGUCCGGGAGGAGGAGAGCUUGGUGGGCAGGGAGCCGGGAUGCAGCAGGAAGGGGGGCUCAGAGAAGCCCUCUGCCCCAGAGAAGACAUUAGCGCCCGAAAAGAGCCUGGACUCCAAGGAAGUCUCCACCUCCGGGAAGACUGCCAGCCCUGAGAAAGUGUCUGUGUCCCAGAAGAUUGCAGUGUUGGAGAAAAGAACCAUCUCGGGAAAGACGCUGGUUCUGGAAGAAACAAGUGUCUUGGAGAAGCUGCCCUCCCCAGGGAAGACGUCGGACUCAGAAAAGAGACUGACGUCUGAGAAAGCAGCAGUCUUUGAGAAGACCCCGGCCCCUGAGACGCGGCGGGCCCCGGCGAGGGCGGCGGCCCCAGGGCAGCCCCGGGCCCAGGAGCGGCCAGCCUCUGCGCAGAGCCCGUCCACCCCCAAGGGGCAGGGGAGGGCCGGCCCCAAGCAGGAGCCCCCGCCCUCGGCGGGGCUGCGGGGGCAGGGGGCAGAGCGUCCGGCUGGGACUUGCCACCUCCCACCCAUCACUCUCCAGUUGAAAAUCCCCAGCAAGGAGGACGAGGCGGACACAGCCUCGCCCACCCAGGCCACCUACAGCAGCUCCCUGAAGCGCUCCAGCCCCAGGACCAUCUCCUUUCGGAUGAGCCCCCGGAGAGACCACUCAGAGGCAGCCUUAACCCGCAGCAGCAGCAUGAAGAUCCCAGCCAGCUCCUUCACACUGGGCCAGAAGCUGGAGAGAUACCACACGGCUGUACAGAGCUCGGAGUCAGUCAGGGCUCCGGGCCCCUCCCGCGCCGAGUUCUUGGUGGCUCCCGUGGACGUCGCCAACAAGCGCCGCCUCUUUGAGAAGGAGCUGGUGGGUCAGGGCCGGGGAGGAGCAGCCUCCAGCCGGAAGGAGAACUUGCGGCUCUCGGGGGUUGUGACGUCCAGGCUCAACCUGUGGAUCAGCAAGACGCAGGAGUCAGGAGAUGGGGACCCGCAGGUGCAGAAAGAGUCGGCAGCCGCCAGGAGGAUCCAGUGGAGGAAGAAAGUGGACUCCCUGGAUGCCAAGGUGUGAGAAGCCUUGUCUCAUCACCCCGCUCCCUUUCUGCCUUGGACCUGGGACCAGGAACGUCGGGGGCACUCCGCCAGCUCCUUCUCUGCCCAGCCUCUGGGGCAGGUGUGCCUGGCCCCUUGUCCUGCUGUGGGCACAGCGGAUCCUGGGCCCCAGCGCCGGCCUAGGCACAGCACGACUCUCGUCCGCACCUCAGGCCUCGGCGUCCUGUCCAGAGACGGCUUUUCCUGCUGGCCCUUUCCAGGGACAGGGGCACCGUCCUGCAAGAAGCCCCGGGUCCCUGCCUGGUCCGAGCCCAGCAGGUGUCUCCGUGUACCUCUCAGAGGCUGGUCCAUCCACCUCGGCCAGGCUGGAAGCAUCGCACUGUCUUCCUGGGCCCCGUCCCCUGCUUUGUUCUCCCUCACAUCCCCACCUGGUGCUCUGGCCAAGCCAUCGAGUGCUCCCCUCCCGCUGUUCUCAGGAAAGAGGUGAUAAACUCAUUCACUCUCA